CUCCGACAGAGAGAGAAGCAAAGGAGAGAGUGAGGGAGAGGACAAUGGUUAAAAUGGCUGUUUUGGGACUGCUUGGGUCCCUUUUAUAUCUGCUAACAGGUGUCAGUGGAGAAACUCUCUCUAUGUUCUCCAUAGUGGGAGAUGAUGUCAGUCUGCCGUGUAACAAUGUGGUUAAUCCAGACUGUUCCUCAACUAUAUGGACCUAUAACAGAGAUGCAUCUACUGGUACUAUUGAAGAAGUUGCAUAUGGGAAGAUCAAAGUAGAGAUGACAGAGAGAGCUGACAGACUGAGUUUAGGGUCUGACUGUUCUCUACAUGUUAGUGAUGUCAGAGCUGAGGAUGCUGGACUCUACACUUGUCGACAGUUCCUUACAGAGACUGGACCACCACAAGGAGAGGAUGCUCAUGUUCUUCUGUCUGUUCUAACUAGUACCAGUAAUGUUGUUAAGUUGCCCAUCAGUCACAUCAUGCUCUUUGUGACACUGACCAUCAUGGCUGCCAUAGUCACUAUUCACACAAGGAGGAACCGCCCACCCAAGGCUCUGCCCCAACAAGCAGAAGAAGCCUCUGGUAUUGAGGUUCAUGUCCUGGAGGAAUGACCCCUUGUUCCUCACUCUUCUCCCUGUGCUGGACUAAGACUUUCAAACUGUCUGUAGCUUUAUUGAUUCAGUAACAGAGGACAUUAUAAAUUAUAUUAUAAAGUUGAUGUUUAUAUAUUUUAGUGCAUAGUGUGGAAAAUGUAUUAAUUCGUAGUUGUGUUCUUAUAUUAUAGUAUCUUUUUAUACACCUUUAUGUAGUAGGGAUUCAAAUAUCAGCAAACCUUGGCUGAUGUGUUUAAUUUUUUCUGUCCAUUGUUAAUGACUUCAGCAUGGAGAAAUUCCUUGGUAUUGUUUAAUUAAUAAUUUGUGCCCUAAGCAGACUUAAACUGAGCACAAUGCUUCUUCUAAAAUGUAUAUUAAUUACUAAAACUGUUUUUAAAUAAACUAAUAAAAAUACAGUAUUUCAAACUGCUACAGGUGUUUUUCAGGCUACCCUUCCACAAUGUCAGGUAAAGCAUGAAUACAUUGACCUUAUUUCAUUUACAACCUUCUUCUAGUCAGCAGCAAAGAUAGAUGUGUCUGUCCUCUUUCUCAAAGCCUACUCAGAAUUUCUAUGACAAAAUAAAGAAUUUUAAGCACUUGAA